AUGGGGACUCACCGUCAUUUCGAACCGAUUUCGAAAUGUAGAAUCGAGGGAAGAUCAAAUCAGAAGGUGGCCGCGGACUUAAACGGAACCCUUCUCGUGUCACCAAACCCUUUACCAUAUUUCUUGCUUAUUGCUCUCCAAGCUGGCAGCCUUACAAGAGCACAUGUUCUCCUAGCAUCCCUUCCGUUUGUUUAUUUGGCCAACUUAUUCAUCUCUGAAUCUACAGCCAAUAAAGCCUUCGUUUUUAUCUGCUUCGCCGGGUUAAAAAUCGGAAACAUCGAGCAUGUUUCCAGGACGGUGUUGCAGAAGUUUUAUGCCGGGGAUGUUCAUCCCGAGACCUGGAGAGUUUUUAGCUCAUUUGGCAAAAGAUACGUUGUUACUGCAAAUCCUAGAAUCAUUGUGGAACCAUUUGCUAAAGCAGUUUUGGGAGCCGAUAAGGUUAUUGGAACAGAGUUGCAUGUGACAAAAUCAGGCAGGGCAACUGGGUUUACCAUGAACCCGGGAAUUCUGGCGGGAGAACACAAAAGGGAGGCCAUCAUGAAGGAAUUUGGUACAAAUUUGCCAGAUUUGGGACUGGGAGACAGAGAAACUGACCGUGAUUUCAUGUCAUUAUGCAAGGAAGGAUACGUGGUGCCAAGAAUGAAAUGCAAAGGUGGAAAAUCAGCCAUCGAAGUUGUGAACUACGUACGGACGGUGCUGUAUGGGACAUUGGGAUUCAUUAGGAAGGGCAAGCAUGUUAUGCAUGCCAUAACUGAUGGUGGUGUUUCUCCUAAACAAAAAUUGGACUACUUCAAUCAGCAAAUUAAUGAUCGGUUCAUAAUUUACUCUAGACGAAAUCAUGAGUGA